CAGCAGCUCCUAUCCAACCUUGUUUGCAAACAUUAUGGUUUUGAGGCCUCAGCGCCAACGUCGCGCGACUGCCGUUGCUGCGGCGGCCGUGGAAGAAAAAGAGGCUGUCGCCGCAUCUUUUGCUCCUGUCGCACCGGCCAUGGUGAUGACUGGGCAGCCUUCUUUCAAACUCUCAACCACCAGCGCCACCGCCAUCUCCCACAUGCGCUCUGUGUCAGGUACUGCGGGGAAAUUAAAUAGCAACAGUGGCAUGAAGGCCCGCAUUGUGACCUUGGCUCCGGGGAGCGGAUGCGCGGGUCGAAGCAAGACCUCAGGCGGAGGUUAUGGCGGCUUUCAGGAGGGAGGUGCGGUGCCCGCCACCGCUACCACCACCACCUCGGUUGCCAGUACUUCCUCCUCUAAGAAGAGCCAGACGCCUGAGUUUCUGGUCAAACUGCAUCGGAUCCUCCUGAACGAAGACAAGGAUAUUAUCUACUGGGAUAAUGGACAAAUCCAUGUCCGCGACCCGACUGUGCUCGGGCAGAGCGUCCUGCACAAGUACUUCCGGCACAGCAAAUACAGCUCCUUCCAGCGCCAGCUCAAUUACUUUGGCUUCCGCAAAACCCAAGGGAAAGGCAAAAUGAGUGCGUGCACGUACACCAACGUCCAGCUCUCCGGUGGCAACAUCAAGAGCCUGCUCAGCGUGAAGCGCAAAAGCAGCACGGUCGUCGGAAAGGAGGGAGGCGAGGGAGAGGAGGACUCGCCGCUCGUGGGGGAGGAGGCCGAGGAGGUCACGGACUCGGACGACGAGGCGACAGAUAGCCUGUCCCCCGGGAGUGUGGGGCUGAAGCGGGGCGCCUCUCUCAGCUUCUCGUCGAUCAGCACCUCUGGCGGCCACCAGCAGGGACGGAAGCGCAUGUGCUCUGUGACCUCUGGGGACUGUGUCUCGCUCCAGGAGACCCUGGCGGCGGACGACUUCCCUGAGGACCGAGAGGACGGGAGCGAGGCCAACACCUCGGCGGGCGCGCUGUCGGGGUACGCUUCUUCCAUGUCGGAUGGCCAGGACGGAGGAGACGAAAAGGAAGGCGACGGGGAGGCAGAGGGAGCGGGAGGCAUUUCCUUCGCCCCCACGGGCGGAAGCGCUUCGGACCCCCAGCAGCGGCACGCUCUGGACCUCUCCCGGUCUCAAGGGCGGCCUCGCCUCAGCCUGACCAUUCCUGGUGGCGUCCGCCAGGGCCAGCUAGCGCCCCUCUCCACCGCCCCCGCCGGCCCCGCCACCGUCAAGUCACAGGACCCAAACGCACUGCCCAAUUUUUUCUCCUACAACGUGCUACCGGCACCCUCGCCGCGAGGGGCUGAUGACCUCUUCCCUUCCUGCCUGACUUCCUUCGACACGGUCGGCGACUCGGCGUCCUCCCCAUGGGCCUGGGCGGAGCCCCCCGUCUCGGGAAGUUUGUCCUCGCUGUCUCUCGAGACUGGCAGCGGCAUGACCCCCCUCGGCACCCUGGAGGAAGGCCACAGCAAUCAGAGCGCCUUUAACUGCGAUCAGGAGGUGAAAGAAAGAGAAGGCCUAGAGAGAGAGGCUGCUCAGAUGCCGUCCGCGGCCGCCAUCGCGGCCGCCGCGCUCUGCAGUCCUCGGGGGGAGAAUGCCUUUCUUCUUCAGAUGGAAGGCGAUUUCUGGGGCAACCGGGUCGCCUCCACCUCCGUGUAGGAGAGUCGUGGGACAUCCUGUGUACAUAAUUGCGUGUUGUACUAUCCCUUCCCCCAGCACUCUUCUCAAGGCCCUGGUCGGCCCUGAGAACGGAUAAUCAAGCCUUCACAAGUAUCCACAAGCCGUGAGCAGAUCAUACACACUCAUCCACCGCCAUGAAUUCCACCUAGUCAUCCUAACCCCUCUGACGACGGACGACUGCCCAGGUGUCACGCCUGGUUGGGUUCGCGACUGAAGUCACGAGGGGGGGCAGGGGAGGUUCAGGGAGGCCCCGGGACACCGUACACGAGAAGAUAAUUGAGAAGUCGAGGAACGUGAAUGAGACGAUCCAAAGUGAAGACAUGCACAAGAAUGCUCGUCCUGCUUUUUCUCGACUUUGAUUCAUGGCAUCCUCGGCGAAUUGGACUCAGAAGCACAUCAUGACUCGCAGAUAAGGGCGUAGACGAUCCACUCCACAAGACAGGCGCUCCCUUAGGGGAAGCGUCCCAAACGCUGUCAACGAAUUUCCUCUGAAUGUUACUUGCGAGAAGCAGAUAUGGACGAAUGUGAAAAAGUUCAGUUUCCAAUAUACAUAGCAGAAUAUUACAACUCCACCGUAAAUCAAAUUUAAGUUUCGAAAGUCAAGGAGGUCGGAGAAGCACUGGCCUUGUUUGAGAGGUCGCAUGUUCGCGACAUCCAAGCAGACCAAACUCGCUUUGAAACUAGAUGGGAAGGGCAAAGAUACGCGUAGAAUUAUAGCGCGCAGCGCUUUCGGGUAAAGAUAUGCACCAUAAAGAAAGGGAAGGACGGACCGUGCCGGCGGACUUGGGGGUCGGGCGACCGGAAGGGUUACGAGGAGGCCUCGAGCCCUCCGUGCGAGGAAAUAGCUCUGCGAUGGGAUUCAAAGCGGAGAACGUGUGCAGACUCUCUCAGGACAGACCUUAGUCGUGAUGUGUCUCGAUCGGCCGGGGGAGGCGAGGGGUUUCCUCUAUUCCCGUAAGUUAUACCAUAUCCAUCCAAGUCCAGCAAAAUUGUAGCAGAGCAUGUAAGGGAGUGCUUAAGAACAGGGCGAGGCGGAGAUGGCAAAGCAAGAGUUUUUUUUACGUGUUGUGUGUCGACCUAAUUAUCGUAAUCUAUGCAGUGUAUGUUGCCUGUCACGCGUCGCGUGCGCGUCAGGGACGGAAGUGGGGGACGAGCGGAUGAGGGAGGGCAGCAUCCAGUAGAGUCCUUUUUUCCAGAGUUCUUGAACAAAUUUCCUUCGUUCGAUUUGGUUUCAAACGAAUUCCACCAUGGGUGCCUCAUGCGCGGCGUCAAAUACCCGUAAUUCAAGGAAUGGAAGAGGAGCUAAUUUGAGCCAAUAAAAUAAUGUCGGGAAGUAUUGAAG